CUAAAAAACAAUAAAUCAAAAUAAUAUAAUGAAAGUUUUUUAUAUUUUUUUAAUAACAGUUUUAAUAAUUUCUUUAAAUAUAUCAUUUAUACAUUCCCAGGAUAGUUUAGAUAAUACAAGUAGUAACAGCAAUAGUAGCAAAAGUAAAAAUAAUAAUACAAAGAGUGAGGAGCAAAUAAAUAUUACAGAAAAUGAAGAUGUUUUAAUUAUACCAAAUUUAAAAUAUGAUUCAACAUUAAAAGAAUUUACACUAUAUGGUAUUGGGUUAGGGAAUCAAAGUUUUACAUCGAAUACACCAAAAUUAAAUUGGGUGUAUAAUAAUGUAACUAAAGAAUUUAAAUCCAAAUGGUUAGAAACUAAUGUUCCACUUCCAGAUAUACUCUUUUUAGAGAUUCAUAAUAAGGAUUUCUUUUUAGCAACUGAUGAAAAUCAUAAACCAGAAUUUAAAAGUAUUCGUAAAAGUGGCAAAGAUUUAUAUAUUCAAGGUCGUUUUUUCACAUAUAAUGCAACUGAUAUAAAAAUAACAUCAGAUGGUGAAAUUUGUCAAGUAAAGAAGGCAACAUUUGGUUUCAUAGAUUGCACAAUGAUAAACCCACAACUAUUUCAAUUAAAUUCAGCAGCUCAAAUGAUAAUUGGCGGUAAAAGAGGUUUAACUUUUAGAGUAGAUUUUAUUGGUUCAGAACCUCAUUUUGGAAACAACAAUAACAAUAAUAAUAAUUCCUACUCUUUAAAAAAUAAUAUUUCAAGGUAUUUAAUUUUAAUUUUUAUUAUUCAAAUAAUUUUAUUAAUUAAUAUUUAAACAAUAAAGAAAAAUAAACAUAAAAAAAAAAAGAAAAAAAAAAAGAAAUAAAGAAUUUGUAAUUUAUGACAAU